CAGAGGCUCCGACCAAUGGGAGCGCGGGGCCGGGCAGUGGCGGCCAAUGGGAAGCGAGGGGGUCGGACCACGGCAGCCAAUGGGAGCGCUGGGAGGCGGUGGCGGGGCCGGGCGCGGCGGAGCCGGCGGCGGCGCGGCGGGAGCGGGAGGAUGCGGGCGGGCGGCGGGGCGGCGCGGGGGGCGCUGGCCGUGGCCCUGCUCCGCCGCUGCCUCCUGCUCGGGCUGCUGGGGCUGCGCCCGGCCGGCGGACAGGACGGGGAUGGCUGCGGCCACACACUACUGACACUCCACAGCGGCACUCUCAGCUCCAAGAACUACCCGGGCACUUACCCCAACCACACCGCCUGCCGCUGGCACCUGCGGGCCCCCCCGGGCGCCUCCCUCCUCCUGGCCUUCGGAGACGUGGACCUGGAGCCGUCGGAGCACUGCGCCCACAGCUCCCUGGUGCUUGCCGACCCUGAGGCUGGCACUGCCUACGGGCCCUACUGCAGGAACACCAGCCCUGCCCCACCACUCCUGGUGACAAACUCCAGCACCGUGACCGUCCUGUUCAACAGCACAAGCCAUCGCUCGGGACGAGGCCUCCUCCUCUCCUACGCCACCUCACAGCACCCAGACCUCAUCUCUUGCUUGGUUCGAGGCACCCAUUACACCCAGGAACACGUCAGCGUGUACUGCCCCGCGGGCUGCAAGGACAUCGACGGGGACAUCUGGGGCAACCCCACACAGGGAUACCGGGACACCUCGGUGCUGUGCAAGGCGGCGGUGCACGCCGGGGUGAUCGCAGACGAGCUGGGUGGGCAGGUCACCCUGUCCCGGGAGAAGGGGAUCACGCUCUACGAGUCGGCCUUCGCCAAUGGGCUCCACUCCAAAAGGGGAUCCCUCUCUGAGAAGCGGCUCAUAUUCCACAAAGCCUGCAGCGAUGCGCUGGAGGUGGCCACCUUCAAUGCCUCAUCCUGGUGGCACGAGGUGGAUGCGCUGGGCCAGGACAGAGCCUGGGUGGCCGAACAGGCAGCACUUGGCAUCGCUGGCCAUUCCUGGGCAGCUGAACCCAGCUCUGAGGCUGCCUGGCUGGAGCUGGACUUGGGCACCCGCAGGAAGAUCACAGGCAUCAUCACAAAGGGCUCCUCUGAGCAGCACGACUACUACGUGACGUCGUACCGGGUGUCUUCCAGCCGUGACGGGAAGAACUGGAGACCCUACAGAGGCAGCAGUGGCCAAGAGGACAAGAUCUUUGAGGGAAACAUCAACAGCCACAGCGAGGUCUCCAACGCCUUCAUCCCCCCCAUCGUCGCCCGCUAUGUUCGUGUCCUGCCCCGGAGUUGGCACCAGCGCAUGGCUUUGAAGGUGGCCUUGGUGGGCUGCCAGUCGGCACAGACCCGCUCACCUCGACCCUAUGUGCCCAGCGUCCCCAAGGAGGUCCCCGUCCCCACCAGCCGCUUGCCCAGCCGCACACCCAUCCCCAGCGUCGCCUUGGAUCCGGAGAGGGCAGGCUCCACGCUGCUGGACAUGCUGCUCAUUGGUGGCUUCGUGCUCCUCUGCUCCAGCCUCUUGCUGCUGGCUUUCCUGUGCCAUAGGAAGAGGAAGUCGGCGGCGCAGCUGAACUGUGGGAUCACAAAAGGGUACCCCAAACUGGAACCAAGCCAGGUGUGCUCCCUGCAAAGCCUGCCGUCCCCCAGCUCUGUGCUGGCCUCCUUCCCCGCAGCAGCCACACCAGGGGACCUCAGCCGGACUCAGUCACCAGAGUACGCAGAGCCAGACCUGGUGCAGGUGAGCCCCAGCAGCCCGUCGGGCCCUUCCACCUUCAAGCCGCUCCUGGAUGAGGGCUACACAUUGCCGCUGGUUGUGAGCCAUUACGACGUGCCAGGAAAACACCACGACUACGCCGAGCCGCUGCUGCCCGAACCUGAGUACGCCACGCCGUUCGGUGAGCCUGAGCCCACCGGUGCCCGCCGGAGCCCCUGCGGAAUGGCAAGGCUCCCCAGCUCCUCACGGUACGACGCACCCGUGCCACGGCCCAUCGAGCUGGAGCUGAGCAGGGAAUGUUCCCUCUCGCACGUCUACCAUGAAGCCUUGUGAAGAGGGGGAGCCCAGGGGGGAGUCUGUGAAUCAUCCCUGGGGGGAACCUCAUGAGCCUCUCUGGGGCUCCAGAACCUUUUCUGGGCUCCAGGUGGACCUCACAAGCAUUCCCUGGGCUCCAGAACCUCCCCUAAGCUCCAGGUGGACUUCAUGAGCCUCUCUUGCGCUCCUAGGGGGAGACCUGCAAGCCUCCCUUGGGCUCCAGAAUCUUCCCUGGGCUCCAGGGGGACCUUUCCUAAGAGCAAUCCUAUUUAAAUAUAUAUAUAUAUA